AUGGAGGUUCGCGAGGCAAAACUGGCGGAAAAUCUCAAAGUUAAAGGCGGAAAAACCGCCAAGGUACCAGCAAAAGUGGAGACGAAACCGCCAUUAUUGGAAAAUCAGAGUGUGAGGUGUACAAAGUCGUCGGUACAGCCGGGUCCAUCCUGUGAAGACGACGACUUAGAAAGGCUUUAUGAAAGCAGGAAGACUGGAGUAUGUCCACCUGCUGCUGUUCGACCGAAGGAGUCACCACCUCAGCCGGCCGAUGUCCCCUGCCGCCCGCCGGACCCGCUCUACGUCAGGCGGGUGGGACAGAGGUUCUGGUCUACCAAGAGGAUCCUCGACUGGCAGAGACAGGCACUAAUAGCAAUGGAGUGCACAGACGCAGUUUUGAAGCCUGUUAGAGAAUAUGGCGAGGAGUGUCCACUGAAAAACACUGAAAACGGAGAGGUAGGACUGAAAUUCGCCUACAAGAAUGGCGAAAAACACCGACCUUACGAGAACGAUGGAGAACACCUACAUUACGAGAACGAUGAAAAACACGGGCAUGACCCAGAGUUUCUGGCAUUACAAGAUGCGAUCCAAGAUGCCACAGCUCAGCCAUUCUACGAGAUGGACAUCCCCCCUACUGAUGAAGAACAAGAACAACCGUUUUACAAGAUGGAUGCCACCGCUGCCAAGGACAAAGAAGAACAAGAACAGCCAUUUUACAAGAUGGACGUCACCGCUGCCAAAGGCAAAGAAGAAGAAGAACAGCCUUUUUAUGAGAUGGAAGCCGCGUCAGCUGAUGAGAAAAAGGAGCAACAGCCCUUCUACGACAUGAAAGAAAGACAACUUGGCCAGCCAACAUCAGAAAACGUGUAUGCAGAUUUGGAUCCUGAGUUUGUCGCAGCACAAGAUGACGUGUGUAGGAGGCAUCAAACCGGGCAAGGCAGGGAUGAGGGUACUGGAGAUGACACUCCGAGGUGCAGUCAGAACUGCCGUGAGUUCUUCAGGUCCCGUCCAGGGCGUGUGUUGGCUGUCAGUGUUGGUGUGGCCAUCGCCGUUACUGUUGCAACAUUGGUGGCGGUAGUCUUUAACCAACACAGCAGACUAAGAUCCCACCACAACGAAAGCAUGGCGGUUGACCUGACAACGAUUACAAACUCCACGACGUUUCAAAUCCCUACAACAUCGCCUGCACACCUGCCUGUGACGUCACCAAGCACUUCCGAGACAACAGACUGGUGGACUGAGUGGACACUCUACAUCAGAGACUAUUUCCAACAGGACAGCGAAAAGGCAGCGGGUUUGGAGCAGCAUUAUCAUGACAAUGAGGUUGUGAUGGCCCUACUGGAAGACCGGUUCUUCUGGCCCUGGGUGUGUCGGUACUGGGAUGUCAAAACCGCCCUCCCUCACACCUUGUCUGAUGCGGUAAGGUACUGCAUUAUUUACUGGACUUCAAAUAAGUCACACGGCUUUUCCGCAUAUAAUGACUUUCUUACGUCCAUGCUGAACGCAUUGAAGGCACUGCCAAACAUGACAAACGCCCACCAAAACAGAGAUGUCUCGUAUAUAUCGCUGUCUGGAACCACCCUAUCUGACAACGAUGUUGUGGCACUGGGCAACCUUUUCCCAUAUCUCAGAGGAAUGUACAGCCUCCAGCUUUCAAUCUGUGGACUUUCAGCAAAAGCGGCAACGUCAUUGGCUAGACAGCUUCACCUGCUGCAUAAACUGACCGAUUUAAGACUUAAUAGCAACAAUAUUGGAGAUGACGGGGUGGAAGCGAUUUCAGAGACGUUCCCUCACCUGAAAGAGCUCAGGACCUUGGAAAUCAGCAAAAACUCAAUAACAAACGAGGGGGGAAGAGCUAUGGCCAAAACGCUGGUUCACUUGCAGGAGCUACAGAGGAUCGACUUGACGGGAAAUGAGCUGGCGCUCAGUCUCUCCUCACUGGCAAACGCGUUUGUGAACAUGACACGGCUGCAAAAUGCAUACCUUUGGCCUGUCACCUGUAGAACCGCCUCGUUCCGCAUGGCGGCGCAACAGGCACACGUUCUUGUCCAAACGCUUGAGGGCCAAGUAAACAACUGGCGGGGCGUUCUACUAUAUGGUGGUUCGACUGGAAGUGGAGGUAGUGCACAGGGACUGGGAACUUCAUGGCAAAGAGUUGAAAAGGAACUAACAGCAGGGGUUCACAUAUCAACAAACAAGCGGUUGAAGAUGUCUUUACAAAUCAAGCUGUUGGAAAAGUAAUGCAAUGUUGUAUUGUAGAAUUGUGCUGAUAUUAAGGGUGAGAGCAGUCCAUAAGAUGCAUCAAGAAUGACUGACAUACAAAACAUCCACACACGUACACGUGUAAAGACAACUGUCCUUCGUGCUGAACGCCAUCCACACAAAUACACCUGUUCCUAAACACCAUCAACACAAAUAAACCAACCCCUGGAGCUGUACACCACCCACAGACAAAUACUCCUGUCCUUGGUACUGAACACCAUCCACACACAAACACACUUGUCCUUGGUACUGUAUAUCAUCCAACACCUGUCCUGGUGGUGAACACCGUAUACACAAGCAGGCCUGUCCUGUGUACUGAACACCAUCCAACACACAAACAGACCCGUCCUGUGUACUGAACACCAUCCACACAGAAAAUGCUUCUGUUUUGGGUACUGAACACCUUCCAUACAUAAUCACUCCUGUCCUGUA